AUGAAGGUCACCUUCAAGGAUCUUAAACAACACAAGUUCACGCUUGACCUCGAACCAACCGACCUUAUUUCUAGCGUGAAGGAGAAGAUUGCACAGGAGAAGGGAUGGGAGGCUAAGGACCAGAAGCUCAUCUACUCUGGCAAGAUUCUCAAGGAUGAGGACACUGUUGAAUCAUACAAGAUCGAGGAAAAGGGCUUUGUUGUCUGCAUGGUCAACAAGCCCAAGCCCAAGCCUGCCGCCGCCCCGGCCGCCCCGGCUGCCUCCUCCUCUGCUGCCCCUGCUACCCCGGCCCAGCCCGUCGCUGCCACGCCUGCCCCCCCUGCCGCUCCUCAAGCCUCGAGCCAGGCAGCCCCGCCUUCCACCCCGACUCCUGCUGCUAGAUCCGAAGCCGCCCCCGCUGACCCCGGCCUUGUUAUGGGCACUCAGCGCAGCGAGGUGAUUGCCAACAUGGAGGCUAUGGGUUUCGAGCGGACCCAGAUUGACGCCGCUCUCCGCGCUGCCUUCUACAAUCCCGACCGUGCCGUCGAGUAUUUGCUGACUGGCAUCCCCGACAACAUCCAACAAGAACGGCAACGUCAGGACGAGCCUCCUCAGCCCCCCCCCGCCGCCGCCGCCGCCGCCGUCCCCGCCGCCGCCGCCCAGCCCGCCGCGCCCUCCGGCAAUAACGAUAAUGAAAAUGUGAACCUCUUCGAUCUUGCUGCUCAGCGGAGCACUGCUGGACGAGGCGCCGCCGGCGGUGCUGCCAGUCUGGGCGAUGCCGCUGCUCAGACCGGUGGCGCUGGCAAUGGCCUGGAUUUCCUGCGCCACAACGCCCAGUUCCAACAACUCCGUCAGGUCGUCCAGCAACAGCCGCAGAUGCUCGAGCCUAUUCUUCAGCAGCUCGGUGCAGGCAACCCACAGCUCGCCCAACUGAUUGCCGCCCACCCUCAACGGUUCAUCGAGCUCCUCAGCGAGGAAGGCGAUGACGAUGUUCCCCUGCCUCCAGGUGCUCAGGCUAUUAGCGUGACAGAGGAGGAGCGGGAUGCGAUCGACCGCCUCUGUGGUCUGGGUUUCGACCGCGAUCAAGCCAUCCAAGCCUACUUUGCCUGCGACAAAAAUGAGGAGCUUGCCGCGAACUUCCUUUUCGACCAACCAGACGAUGACGAUGACAGACCCCAGGGAGGGAACAACUAA